CAUUUAUUAACAUGCUGUGAUGCCUUAUUAUUUUUUUGCUGUUCAAACGAGGGAUUCCGUGUUACUCACUGCCCUGCAUUUAGACUGUCAGGCACAAUUGUCUAUGCCACAGAACACGUCAACAAUAAAAGUUGAGAGUGUAUUACAAUUUUCUGGACGAAAAAACAAAGUCACUGUGGUACAAGUUGAACCGGAUGUGUUUUAAAAUGUAUUUUAACCUGGCGGUAAGUGCUGCCUGACGGAACCAACUCAGGGUAAACGUCACACAGCAGUUACCAAGGAGACGUUAGUCCCUGUCGUGGUGCUAGUGGGUGCUACUUAUCAUAGCUAGCCGUUAAAGUCAAAAAGGAGUGCUCUGGUGCCGCACGUUCAAGAAUACGCGCACUGAUGCGACAUGGCUGAGCUACAUGUUAUCGGCCAGAUCGUCGGGGCGAGUGGUUUCCCUCAAAACAGCCUAUUUUGCAAGUGGGGAGUUCAUACGGGAGGGGCAUGGCGUCUCCUGUCCGGGCUAAAGGAGGGUCAGACCCAGGUGGAUAGCCCUCAAAUCGGAAACAUGGCGUACUGGAGUCACCCCAUUGAUUUGCACUACGCGAGCAAAGGGAUUCAAGGUUGGCCGAAGCUUCACCUCCAAGUGUGGCACCAGGACUCUUUCGGACGCUGCCAGUUAUAUGGAUACGGCUACUGCCACAUCCCUUCAAGCCCCGGGCAACAUAGAAUAAGCUGUGCGACCUGGAGGCCGCUCGGUUCCUGGCAAGAGCAGUUCGCGCAAAUGUUUGUCGGCGGAGGACCGCAGCUCCGCAGCCCGGACCUCAUAUACAGUGGGGCGGAUAGAUACAGACUGCACACCGAGGCCAUGGGGACCGUCGAGCUGGAGCUGGGCGUUAUCAUGAGACACUUUGACAAAUAUGGCGUCGAAAGUUAACAAUUGAUGAACUUAAUGUUGUGCAGGCAGUGGACUAGAUUGUUUAUUGUUUAACAUGGCGUUGUACUAUUUUUUUUAAGAUUUAUGUUUGUACUGUAUUUGUAAAUAAAAUAAGUCUUAACGAA